UUCCUGUUCGCGUUACCUUAUAUUUUCCUCCUCGAUAUAACAUUUGUUUUCUUAUCAAGGAGAAUGUAACAGCCUCAGUGUCAACUGAACCUUGAUAGAAGUGGUCGCGUUUCCCCCUUUUGUAUUUUCGGUCCCGCAUGCCGCUGCCCCCGCUGUCUUUUACUGCAUAUAGCUAGAUGUAUUUUGUGUCCCUUGUUUCCUCCAGUAACCCAUGUCUGUGUGCAUCCCGCCUCCCUGCGCUCUCAAUAGAUGGUGCAAGUCAAAAUGUCCAAAUCGCCCGUAGACCCACUGUCUGCUGUGGAAACAGGCUCCCAAUCGCACUAUUUCCAGCUGCCCAGGAAGUUGCCUAAACGAAAGAGCCGUUUCAAACGCUCAGAUGGCAGCACCUCAUCUGACACAACAUCCAGCUUCAUCAAGCGCCAGGGGUCGGCUGAUUCGUACACCAGUAGACCGUCGGAUUCAGACCUGUCAGCGGAGGAGGACCGCGAGGCGUAUCGGCGUGAAGCCGAGCGCCAGGCACAGCUGCAGCUCGACAGAGCUAAGUCCAAACCUGUAGCAUUUGCAGUAAAGACGAAUGUGAGUUACUGUGGAGCUCUGGAUGAGGACUGUCCCGUCCAAGGAGCUGCAGUCAAUUUCGAUGCCAAAGACUUCCUGCACAUCAAAGAAAAGUAUAAUAAUGACUGGUGGAUCGGCCGGUUAGUAAAAGAGGGAGCAGACAUCACGUUCAUCCCCAGCCCGUUACGACUGGAGGCCAUGAGACUCAAACAGGAGCAGAAGCAGAGGAAAACAGGGGGUAACUCCUCUAGUUUAGGAGACAUGGUGACUGGGAGUUGGAGGACCACGCCGCCAUCUGCAGGUGAAUCCAAACAGAAGCAAAAACAGGAACACGUCCCUCCCUACGAUGUGGUGCCCUCGAUGAGGCCGGUGGUUCUCGUGGGACCAUCACUGAAGGGCUAUGAGGUGACAGAUAUGAUGCAGAAAGCUCUCUUUGACUUCCUGAAACACAGAUUUGAGGGGAGGAUCUCGAUCACACGAGUAACUGCCGACCUGUCUUUAGCUAAGAGAUCUGUCCUCAACAAAAGACCCAUAAUGGAGAGAUCCAACACACGCUCCAGCUUAGCGGAAGUCCAAAGUGAGAUUGAAAGGAUAUUUGAGCUCGCCAAAACCCUGCAGCUGGUGAUUCUGGACGCAGACACCAUCAACCAUCCCGCACAGCUAGCCAAAACCUCCCUUGCUCCCAUCAUUGUCUAUGUAAAAGUUUCUUCACCAAAGGUGCUCCAGAGGCUCAUCAAAUCCAGGGGGAAGUCUCAGAGCAAGCACCUGAACGUGCAGAUGAUGGCUGCAGACAAACUCUCUCAGUGCCCCCCUGAUAUGUUUGAUGUCAUUUUGGAUGAGAACCAGCUCGAGGAUGCAUGUGAGCACUUGGCUGAAUACAUGGAGGUCUACUGGAGAGCCACUCACCUCCCAGGAAACACCCCUCUUAACCCCUUAUUGGAGCAGAGUCUGAUGACCCCGCCUUCUGCCAUCUCUAGCCUACAGAACCAGAACAAGAACCAACCACAGCCUCAUGAGGGGGUGGGCUUGGAGGGUGACGAGGAGGAGGAGGAGGAAGCAGGCGAGGAGGCCCACUCCCCACUUGAGCAGGACAGUCUCAUGCCGUCUGACGAGGCCAGCGACUCCCUGUCUCGCGGCCGGAGGGGGAGCCCAUGCCAAAGGGGGGGUGAAGAGGAAGAUGAGGAGGAGGAAGAGGAGGAGGAAGAGGAGGAGGAUGAGUACACCUCCCCUGUCCAUGGUCGCACAUACAGGGACAUGUACCCCCCUCACCGUGGGCACACUGGCAGCGCCCACAGUGCUAACGGGCAUGAGUCACAGGACAGGCUGCUCCAACGCGAAGCUCAGCAAGGUCACAACCAGAGGAACAACCGCCAGCGCAGCCGCCCCUGGCCCCGAGACACCUACUGAGGAAGACCAGCCCUCCUCCCCCUGCCUCCAGAUCACCUGAAUCACCCCCGUCUGAUGUCGUAUGUUCCUAAUUCAGAGAUUUAUAAAGUUGCCCUGCUCCAAACUGUAAUCAUACAAACAGAAUCAGAUGCCCUGAUUAUAAAGCAGAAUACUUUAUUUAAAGUGAUUCCAGUCCCAGUCUCCCAAACUCCUAGAUUAUUUUAACAGAAGGAAAACUCCUACAGAUAAAAAUCAACAGGGCUAAUAGAAAGGUUUCAGGCUACCAGCUGGCGCAAACUCAAACUGCUUUGCCUAAGGUUUCUCUGUCGUAGGAUGUCUCAUAUACUGGCCUUAAAAUACCUUAAAAGACUUUUAACUAUCUUUACUAUUGCAUGUCUGAGUAUAAUUCUUUUAAGACUAUUUGCACAUUAACGUCAGAACAGGAACUGAAUGAUCUUUACGGAUAAACUUACGUAGGAAUGUCUACUGUUGAAUCCAUUUAUGGGAAAUAGUGAUGCAUUUGAUUACAAUGUAUAUAUACUGAAUGGGCACCUGGUUUUGUUUCAUUGCUACUAUAUUUGUUUGAUUUUGUUGAUAUGGACUUGUUUGUUGUUUCAGAAAAUGUUUGCCAUCCAUCAGUCAGUUUGUACUCAGAUUAUGGCAAAUGGCAUGUGACAGAAACACAGAUAGACACAGUUAGACUGAAUAUUAGAAUGAUUCUAUUGUCAAUAGAGCCUGAUCGAUACAACAGAUGACUGGUAUUGAUGGCAGAUAGAGAUCUAUUAAAGUUCAAUAUCAGCAUAAUUUAAAGACACCUCUUUCAUGAUACAGUUGCGUAGGAAAUGAAUGAAAACAUCAGAUAUUGCAGGCAAACUCUUGCACAGAUUUGUUGACAAUAAGUGCAAUUUUGACAACAUGAAGUACCAGGUUUCACAAGGUAUGCACAAGUUCAGCAAAGCCUAGCCUGAACACAGUUCUAACUGAGUUUACACACUCACUUCUCUCUUCAGCUGAGAGAAUUUGCACACAGUAAGUAGCAGCUCAUAGCUGUUUCAGACUAAAUGCAUGGUGGCUGUGUAAUGCCCGCAUCAUGGGCAUCCUGAUUUUUAUUGUAGUGUGCAUGUUGACAAGUCGGGGCUUACAGACUCUCUGGGCAAGCAUCUGGUCUCACAUACCGGGUACGCUUGUCUCAUGCACCAGGAAUCCAGAGAAUAGAAGGCUUGUCUAUUGUCUUCGCAAGCUGCAUGGGUCUCUAGGCUGAAUUAGACAGGAAAAUGAUGAACAGACAUUUUUACCUUUUCAAAGAGAUAUGUACAGUAGUGUACAGAACUUUUAGGUAUAAUUGGUCAAAAAAUUGAGGCAAGUAAUGGCAAGUAAGCCCUCCUGAGGGCACCAUCGGUCAAGAAGGAGAAUUGGCACAACCCUGGUUGUGCUCUGAACAUCUUUGCAUAUUACCAGGGGCAUGGAGAAUAAUAUGUUGAACAAAUCCAGUCCACACCUUUAGGGUGGCGUAAAGGGUGGAUUUGGCAAGUAAGCGUGGCUAAGGGUACCGUUUUACCAGGAUUGCCAUGAGCCCUAAGGAUCUGAAAACCGCCAACAGUCCCUGGACGUUUCACCAGGGGUGUGAGGGCGUGGACAAAAGAGAUUCUGUUGAGCUUGACCUGCCGUGUGACACACGAGUAGACGUGACUGUGUAGUUUUUCAUUGGCUGAGAUGAUUUCAUCUGUCCAACAACAGAAUAGCUGUAAAACUUCUUGUGUUUUAGUCGAUGAUUUCAACACUCUGUGUUAGUGUUCUUAUUUACACAGGCUGUAGACUAAGGUUGUUGCUAUUAUCACCUAUCAUAAUUCUUUGUCUUUACUUACCUUUUUGUUGCAGUCUGUGGAUAAAAGUCAGUUUAACAAAAGUUUGUCUGUUGAGACACUUAGGCAAAAGAGUUGAAACUAAAAUAAAUGCUGUAUAAAAGAAUGCUUUUCACUGAUUGAUCAGAGGUAGUUAAAUGUUUUCAUGCAACAGUGUAUUGGUUUGGGCGUUAACUCUACUGGUGAACCUUGUGUCUCUUGGUGCAAUCAAACAAUAAUUCACCUUAAGUUAUAAACUACCUUGUUUCCAUGUAGGGUUUAGAGUGGACAAUAAACUAAAAAACUAAACUACAUAUAGAACUUGUGCAUAGUUGGUGCAGGAUUGCCUGCAAUUUUUGGUAAUUUAAAACAAGAAAUUGACAUGAUUGGUGGAAAACAAAGCUACAGAGCCCAGUCAUACGCAACCACUUCUGUUGCUUGAUAUAGUUGUUUCUUCUUUACACAUUUGCAUAGUAGUAAUGCUGCAGACACAGUCUUCAUAGAAAUGUCCAUUUAUAUUACAAUGAAAUCCCUAUAUCUGCAACUGUAUCAGUAAUUGAUAAAUUUGUAUUCUAUUCUGAUAUCGAUCAGGCUCUAUGUGUGAGUACGAAGCUGCAGUCCAGCAUUAGUGUCACCUACUGUACAGUGCACUCUGGGCAUUGCUUGUCUUUGCUGUUGCACAAUCACCUCUAAAAUCUUUUUUAAAAAGGGCACAGAGAAUGUACACACAACUAAGAAAGGGAAUGUUAUCUUUAUAAGGAUGAAUUCUUUGCCAAACUGCUUGUUUACAUCGAAUCAUUCACAUACUUCUCAAGCACAUGCUGCACAGCUGCAGCGCCUCUUCAGAUUCAGGCUUCAGAGAAUGUAAGCUUGCAUGCCUUUUGCACCUCCAAGCACCGUCCGGUGUCUCCAACCCAACCGAUCGCCCUGUAAUCCGAUUGUAGCACGUUAUUGAUUGUAGCAUCCACGGUUACUUCUCCCGCCACUCCUUUGUACGUCUUUGCCAAACAUUGCAUAGAGUUUGUGUACUGCAGGUUUACAGUCGAUUAUCAAGGCAGAUCCUCAGGUGUACACACUCAUCGCGCUCCACAAAUCGAAUGUGUAGUGCUCCUGAUAAAAGGACUCGUAGCACCCGUUGACACGAUUCACUCAUUCUGUUCCUGCAUCAUUUUGAAUCCGUGAGCCGAUGAUUUGAUUUUGGGCGCGAUGUCGACGGAGUAUCGAAACCGGUUUUAAGGAGUUUUACUGCUUCCAUGUCUCACAGGUAUCUCCCUAUUUAGUGUUCUGUAUAUUUUAAAGAGAAAAAAAAUCAGCAUGAUUGAAAAAAAGAAAAAAAAUCUAUGCAAGUGUUGCAUGAAAAUCUGAUUGUUUCUUUUUAGAGUUAAGUAUUUUAGUAAUGCAUUGAUUCUAAUUCUCCUUGUUGUCUUGUAGUGAUAGUCUUGUCUUUGAGGCUACUCACUCCUCAUGCCACUAACAACACUAUUACUAAAAUUCUCAUUUUUUCCACUCUAUUGGUUUUGACACUUGUUGAUGCACUUUUAAAAGUCACUGGCUAAAAGAAAAGUUUCCAGGUCCCAGAUCAGGCCUAAAUUCUUUUAAUUUGUAAAAAAGGAAAUGAUGAGUGAAUUAUUAAAGCCCUGCAUGUGUUAGUUCACCAAUUAGCUCUUUUCAUUCUGUUUUGGCAGAGUAUGUUUUUCAAAGCGGACCAAUUUAGCAACUGAUAAAGCAGUUGAGGUUUUUUCAAUUUAUGAAGCACAAUUUUUACAAGGGUUAUAAUUUAGUUUCCUGUCUUAUUCUGUAUGCAAUACUAAGCCUAACAUUGAAAAACUUAAAAACGCCUUAGACCAUCUGGACUUCCUCUUUUGUGUGAGUAGAGAAUUUAAAAAAAUUGCACUACUUUUUUUUGGGAUGGUUGCUUUGUAAUGCAAUAACUGCACUAAAUAUAACCGUGUAUUCACCAGACUACCACAGCGUGCUAGCGUGACCAAACACGCCUCUUCCCUCUAUUUAUCAAAAGAGACAGCAAAUGUGUAAAAAGUGAGACAUUUCCUGCCUGAUGCUGUAUAGAAUGCUUUCUAUUUGAAAAUAGAUUUACAAUGCUAAGUAAAAAUAUGACUAAAACAAAAUAAACAUGACAUUUUAUGUA